AGUAGGGCCCAUAUGUGUAGGUGUUGCAGAAAUAUCUAUUAAUGGAGGAUUUUUUUUGGGGAGCAGUUAAAAAACGGACGAUUCCAUUCUUCUGUUAAUAUUUUCUUUUCUGCAACUCAAUAUGGAUUCAGUAAUGGCGCGAUCUUUGAAGGUGGCUGUAAUCGGAGCUGGCGCCGCAGGUCUAGUCGCUGCUCGUGAACUCCAAAGGGAAGGUCACUUAGUUGUUGUUUUUGAGAAGAAUAGCAAGCUCGGAGGUACAUGGGUUUAUGACCCCCGAGUCGAGACAGAUCCCCUGAGUCUCGGUCCUCGGAGGGAAAUCGUUCAAAGCAGUCUCUACAGCUCUCUCCGGACUAACCUUCCUCGCCAGAUCAUGGGUUUCUUGGAUUAUCCAUUCCAGAAGAGAGAAAAUGGCGGAGAUGUGCGGACGUUUCCUGGUCACCAAGAGGUGCUCUCGUUUCUAAACCACUUCGCUCAACAAUUUCAACUUGUCAACUUGAUUCGAUUCGAUACUGAAGUCGUUAGAGUGGAGAGAGUAAAUGGAAGAAAGGACCAGUGGAUCGUCGAAUCACGGUCUUGUGCAUCGGAGUCGGAGAUGGAGGUGUUUCAGGCCGUUGUAAUCUGUAAUGGUCAUAACUCGGAGCCUCGAACAGCUGAUAUUCUUGGUUGUGGUUUUAAUUGGAAAAGGGGCUAGUGCCUAUGAUAUAUCUAUAGAAAUUUCAAAAGCUGCUAAAGAAGUCCACCUAACAUCAAGAUCUCCAAAUGUUGAAGUUGGAAAACUACAUAACUAUGACAAUAUAUGGCAGCAUCACAUGAUAAAGUGCGUGUAUGAAGAUAGUAAGGUUGCCUUUUAUGAUGGAUCCUCAGUGAAAGCGGAUGUCAUUUUCCAUUGCACUGGGUUAUCGCCUUUCUAACAGCUGAGUUGCAGUCCAAGUGGAUAGCACAAGUUUUAUCUGGAAAGGUGCUACUGCCCGAGGAAGAGGAGAUGAUGGCAUCCGUCGAAGAAUUCUACCAGCGUAUGGAGGAGAUGGGGAGACCCAAGCAUUACACUCAUAUGUUGGACAUGGAUGCGUUUGAAUAUAAAAACUGGGUUGCAGCUCAGGUUGGAUUGCCACCCGUCGAGGAAUGGAUGAAACAGAUGUAUUCUGCUGCUGUCAAGAAUAUUCGGAGCCAUCAGGAAGGUUUUCGAGACGAAUGGGACGAUGACUAUUGGAAGUCCAUAAUUAGAAACCAGCCAAAUUAAUGUUAUUACUUCGGAUGGCACAACCAGGGUCGUCCAAGGAUGAUGAGUAGUAGUGGAUUUUGACUCAUGUUCUUUGUUUCAGCUUGUUUUUUUUUUUUUUAAUUCAGGGAAAUCUUUUGAUUAGUAUCCUGUA